GCUGAUAUUUGAAUGAGCAAAAUUGACAUGCUCCAAUAUAUGAAAGGAACAGAAAUGGCCGAUUAAGAAGCAAUGGUUUCUGCUCUGUAGUGUGAAGAACAAAAAAAUGAAAAAUACUAGCAUUCUCUGUCGAUUCACUCGUUCAAUUCAGAGAAAUAUGCUCUGCUCAGUUGCUGGACUUGUCCAUAAUACCCGUCAUGCCUUCUCCACUUUACGAGAGGAUCCAGAAUUGGACGAAAUGAUGGAGUUUUUGGACAGUCUCAAGAACUUCGAGAAGGCAGGGGUUCCCAAAGGCGCAGGAACAGAUUCCGAAGAUGGUUUUGAUUUAGGAAGAAUGAGACGAUUGAUGGAACUUCUGGGUAAUCCCCAAUCUAGGUUUAAGACUGUUCAUAUUGCUGGAACAAAAGGAAAAGGAUCAACAGCUGCAUUUCUCUCAAGUAUACUGCGGGCAGAAGGUUAUUCUGUUGGUUGCUAUACUAGUCCACAUAUACAGACUAUCAGGGAACGCAUAACCUUGGGAAAAUGGGGUGAGCCAGUUUCAGCCAAGGUAUUGAAUCAUCAUUUCAAUACAAGGAGGGAGGUUAUUGAGAGGGCAGUGAAACUUGAGAAUGGAUAUCUCAGUCAUUUUGAGGUUUUUACUGCUGUUGCAUUCAGCCUAUUUGCUGAAGAAAAUACUGAAAUUGCAGUUGUGGAGGCUGGAUUGGGUGGAGCACGAGAUGCCACUAAUGUUAUUUCGGGUUCUGAUCUUGCUAUAUCAAUCAUAACCACUGUUGGCGAGGAACAUCUGGAUGCACUUGGGGGCUCUUUGGAAAGUAUAGCGGUGGCAAAAUCAGGAAUAGUUAAAAAUGGGCGUCCACUAGUUAUAGGAGGUCCAUUCGUUCCAUCUAUUGAGUGCAUUCUUCGUAGGAAAGCAUCUUCUAUGUCUUCACCAGUGGUAUCAGCAUCUGAUCCUGGAAAUCGAAGUGCUUUGAGAGGCUUCUGUGAAGUGAGUGGCAUACCACGCCAAUUAUGUGAUAUAGUGCUCCAGAUUGAGAAGGACUAUGAUCUGUCUAUUGAACUUCUAGGUGUUAAGUUACGCAUGCUUGGAGCUCACCAACUUCAGAACGCUGUAACUGCUACAUGUGCAGCAUUAUGCCUUAAUAAGCAAGGAUGGAGUUUGUCCAGUGGGGCUAUUCGUGCUGGUCUGGAGAGUGCAUUUUUGCAAGGCAGAACCCAAAUAUUGUCUUCAGAAGAAGCUAAUUUACUUGGAGUAUCUGGAGCAACUGUACUACUUGAUGGAGCACAUACGAAGGAAUCUGCCAGGGCUUUGGCAAACACGUUGCAGAUGACAUUUCCAAAGGCAAAAAUGGUUCUUGUGGUUGCUAUGGCGAAUGACAAGGAUCAUCUAGGUUUUGCAAGCGAGUUACUUUCAGUUGGGGAUUUGGAUGCUGUAUUUUCUACAGAAGUUGACAUCGCUGGUGCUAAAUCAAGAAUGGCUUCAGCAUCUUUAUUGAAAUGUGCUUGGGUCAAUGCUUUGAGAGAGACGAAUAUGAAGGUUCUUGACCUCAAAGUUGCAGAAAGUGAGGAUCAAUCACUUCAAGCUGCAGGGAUAGUGAAAUCUCAAGGCAUUUUACUUGCGGAGGGAUCACUAUUGGCUUGUAUAAGGGCUGGUGUUAAGAUCCUCAAUGAAAGAACUGGAGAACAACCUGGAAUUGUAGUAGUCACUGGUUCUUUGCAUCUUGUUUCCGCUGUUUUAGGGUACUUGCACAGCUGACUCCUAUUUGAAUUUCCCAGUUUACAUGCUUGCUACUAUAAAAUGGCAUUAUCUUGGUAUAUUGUCAGCUCGUUCUACAGACGGACUAUAUGUUUAAGGUCUUACCAGAGCCCUUUGAUGAGUUGAGUUCUAAACUGAACUUAGGAGGUUCAGAGUCCUGAAAUUGUUCGUGCAAAAGUUGAAUAGCUGAACUGUGGAUGACUGGAUUAUUCCUUGGCUCUCAAUUUGGUCCUAUGAAUGAACAAUUUUUUACGAUAAUGACACAUGGUUUUUGAAUAUGCAUCUCCUUGCAGCCCAGUUGUUGACGCCAAUUUAACUUUAUUACAUGGAUCUCUCUGGCUUUUGGAGCAGGAAGAAAAGCAUACUUCUCUUCUCACACUCUUAUAAGGUAUUAGGGAACUUUAUGCAAUUGAGGAUCAGUGGAACAGGUUUGCCGUACUGUUUUAGGGGACAUGCAUUUACCUUGUGACAAAAUCGGAGCUAACCUGCAGAAGUCUAAAGCUAACGUCAACUUAGCCCUACCUAAUUUCCAUUGCUAAUAUGCUCUCAGUUCAAAUUCAUCAGCUACAUUAGCAUGCAUUUCUAGCAACUAUUUGCUACGGCUAUUUCUACUAGUAUCAAACAAAGUUAUUUAGUGCAAACGCUUUAAGUUGAAGAAAAGUUUGUUGUGUAUUAGCAUAUGGAGUAGCCUUGCUUGGAUGGUUGUUACCUGUUUUACUUUAAUGUUUGUUUUUAUUGUAUUAUUGUGUUGUUAAAUUCAUUUUUAUGUGAUGACGAAAAGUUCAUUAUAAUUGAUUCGGUGUGA